GAGCGCCAGCCAGCUAGAUUGAAUUUCCAAGCGUCGUCAAAGCUUGCUGGGGGGGGGGGCGGAGAGCAAUUCACGCAUUCCGCGGUCGCUUUCGGGCAAAUCUAAUGUUUAAUUUAACACCGUGGAUAGUUUAAACAAAUGUAUAUUCAUUGAAAUGAGCAAUUAUGGCGAUUUGGUGUCUUACCCAUUUUUAAAUAGCCAAUAGAUGCGCUAGCAACAUGGCAAUAUGUCACCUCCUUCCUUGUCCAGAAGGCGAACUUUUGGGCUUAUUUAACAAGCCGUAGCGUAAAAUACAAGUUUUCACGAAUGGCGUGUGGCGCUUUUGUCUAGAUUUGGUCGAGGGUUUUCAUUGCGAAGUCGACGGUGCGUCGUUGGGCUCAUUGUGGCGAGUCGGCUGCUAAGCUAACUAGCCGGCUAACUAUUAUGUAUGACAAAAGCUCAUCUGCUUGGUGUUGAAUGUGUGUCGCUUCGCCAAAUGGUCGCCGGCCUGGCUUGGGGCUCGCUGAUAAGUCGUCGAACCCUUCGAGAGUUUGGUUUAGUCACGAGUGUGUGUCCUAGUUAAAUUGCUCAAAUGUCAAGACGCGUUUGACCUAAAUAGCAUUUGUUUAGGCAAGUCUACCCAACCGGCUAAUUAGUAGCGUUGCAGUCAUCGUUUCUGUUUGCGUUAACAUUUGAUAGGCCAAGGUGUAAAGGAGUGUUUAAAAAAACAACAAUAAUUCACUCCAAAUGAUACAUUAAGGCUUAAGGGUACAUGUGGCUUUAUUUAAAAAAAAAAAAAAAAAAAAUGCAAGCGUGCAUAUUUUAGACUGACUUGUAAUACAUGCGUCUAGACUUUAAAAAAAAAAAAUCGUAUUCCAUUUAUUUAUCCGUUAAGGCAUCUGGCAAUAUUAUUAGCUAAUCUAUGGGGGGGGGGGAAAGAAACCAGUUAUUACCAAGUAUUGGAGUCACUUAUUUGUGCUAACAUUUGAUAGGUCAAGUUGCAAAUGAGUGUGUAAACAAUACAACACAGUAUCAAAAACAACAACAUACUCGAAAUUUUACAUUUAGGCUAUGGGUUAUAUGUGGCUUCAGAGGAAACAAAAGUACUAUGUAGAGAGACAGCUGGAGUGUUAUGUAAGGAUUCUUCACCUGUAUAAUUUGUAUUUACUUACGUCCGCCACUGUACAUUUUAAUGAGAAAUUUAACAAGAUGAUUCACUAAUCUAGAAUCUGAACCGACUAAGUAUUACUGUUGCAGUAAGGCAUAUUUGCUUUCUUGAUAGGCCAAGGUGCAAAAGCAAGGUGCAAAAUGGUGUUCUCCCGCAUUCCUAUUUAGAGUUAUUGGCCUGGCCCGCGCCUGCACACAGCAAAACUACCACCAUGAGUAUUAUCCAAGACAAACUCGGCAAUGAGUUUUUGCGCAACGGUGGCAUGGACCCCAAUUUUGCACCCGGCAUGCUCAUGUUCAGCCACUUACCGCCCGUCACCAGCUUCACGCGGCUGACGUCGCAGUCGGUCAUGGGUGAACUCCCGCAGGAGAUGGUUCUCAAGAAGGAGCGCGACUCGCCCCCGGACCACCACGGUGCCAGUCUGGCCAACGCCAGCGGCUUCCUCCACAGCAUGGGCAUCAAGCAGGAGCGGCUAAGCGAGCUGGAUUAUCGCAUGCCUCUCUACGGCGGAGGAGGAGGCGGUGGCGUGCCGAUGAAUUGUGCCGGCGCGGGGAAGAGCGGUGACGACAUGCCGGACAUGUCUUACGGCAACCACCACCAAAAUCACCAUAACAUGCUCCUGCACGACCUCACCCACAGCAACGUGCGCUCCCUUGGAGAACCGAUGUCAGGACGAUCGGGUAAAGAGCCAAAAGAUUCCUCGGGUAAAAGAGGGAGGAGGACCAAUGGGGACGGACAGGGAGGCAAAGCUCGAAGGAAACGCAACGACGCUGCAAAGGGCAUGAUGUUGGAUGCGGAUGGAGCCUGCCUGUCGCCCAACUCCAAACCACAUAUCUGCGAGCACUGUAACGCUGCCUUCCGCAGCUCCUAUCACUUGCGCAGACAUGUGCUCAUACACACAGAUCGCACAGGUGAGAGGCCUUUUCGGUGCAGUCAGUGUAACAUGAGCUUCAUUCAGAAGUACCUGCUCCAGCGGCAUGAAAAGAUCCACAGUGGGGAGAAGCCGUUCAGCUGCGACCAGUGCAACAUGCGGUUCAUCCAGAAGUAUCACAUGGAGCGACACAAAAGAACGCAUAGUGGCGAGAAGCCAUAUCGAUGCGAUACAUGCCAACAGUUUUUCUCAAGAACAGACCGGUUACUGAAGCACAAGCGGACUUGCGGAGAAGCCAUAAAGAAGGGUCUGGACCCAAACAUGCUGGAGCUCAGCGACGCCGAGCUCGGCCAGGGCAGCUAUUCACUCACUCAGGGAAACGCGACCACCUCCGGACGCAAGCGGGCAAAGUCUAAAAACGGGGAGGGCGGCGAGCGCAAGAGAAAGAAGAACGCGGCUGCGUCCAUGGCGGCCUCGUCCUCUGCGGCGAUGGCGCGUGACAUAGGCCUGCAGGACUACAGCAUGGAGCAGCCCUCGGGCUCCGCCAUGCAGGGGCGCUCUCCCAAAUUGGUCUUUAAAAAAGCGGGCCGUAAAGGGCUGGAUAAAGUCCUCCAUUCUUUAGAAGACAGCGCUGACGGACAAAAACUAUUAGGCCAAAAAGCCGGCGGCAUGGAUCACGUUGAUGCUAUCGGGCUUGAUAACAUGGGUCUGCUCCAGGGAGGCGGGAGCAACAAGCAGGGCCCCGCCACCAGCAGCAACUACGACGAUGCAAUGCAGUUUGUGAAAAAGCGGCGAUACCUCCACGCCGUCAACAAUGACUACGGAGCGGGCGCUCUUCACAUGGCGUCGCAGGGGGGCAGCGUCAUCCAGGUGUCCCUGGGGCCUGAACCCACGCUAACCAUGCUGGACACCUCCCCCCUGGAACUCAAACACGACAAGUCGGGCAUUCCGGACGAGGUUCUGCAAAGCCUGCUGGAGCAUUACAGCCAUAAGCCGGAGGGAGCGCACCACCACGAAGUAGCUUUCGACCUGUCCGACCACCCGCACCACGUGGACCUCCAGCCGGCCGCGCCCGUCACCCCCGAGCUGGAGGACGAAGCGGCCAAUGGGAGUGAUAAAACUGCGGUGAUGAGCGAGUACUCAAAGUUCCUUUUGCAGGCCCUGGAGCGCACCAGCCACAGCGGGCCCUUUCCCAGCCUGGGUGCCACGGGGCCCUUCCCGCUCCUGUCCAGCAGCUCUAGUCCCACAGGACCCCUGUUUUCCGACAAGCACGUCUAUAGCACAUCACCGCUAGAUUGUGGCUACCCCCCUGCUGUUUCUUCACCGCUGCCCAUCGCCGCUCCCUCCUCGACCACCUCCUCCACCUCGUCCAAGUCCCACUACGGCAUGUUGGUGGGCUCCCCCUCCCAAUCGGGCUUCCACCUUACUUUGGAGCCAGCCAGCCACCAGCAGCUAACACCAUCUCAGGAGCUGACAGAGCAGCUGGAGAAGCAGCACUCCCCCGGAGCCUUCAACCUACCUCCCCAGGAUCUGACUGCCCAGGCGGAAAGCUCCAAGGGGCAACAAGCCAAGGCCGGGGGCAGCGCCACCCCCGCCAACGGUUCAAGCUACUCAGACCUGUCUCCUUUGAAUCCCCCGAAAGAAUCCACGACGUACCAGAUUGAGAAUUUCGCCCAGGCCUUCGGCUCCCAGUUCAAGUCAGGACGCCGCACCCCUCUUAGCUACGGCAGCGACCCCGGGGCGGAGGUGGACCACAGAAUACGGACUCCGGUCUCAGAAUUCUCAGGGUAUACCAGCUUGUUAGCUGAUGUCAGCGAGCCAGUGAGUACAGGAUCAAAAACCCCAACAAGCCAAAGUUUCAGAUAAGGGUCAAACGAGGUGAACCAAGUUAGGGGGGGUGCGGUUCUUGUCCAUCCUACGCCUUCCCUUCAUCGCAAUUUUGUUCUUGUAGCAAAAUGAUUUUUUUAUUUUAAACACUGCCAUUAAAUGUUGAUGCAAAAUGACCAGGGAGGGUCUUACAUGGCCUCAAAUGCAAUUUUUUUUAAUUGUUAUUUUUAUGUAUUUAGUCGCUUACAAUUUGGUUGGGAAAAUAAUACAGUUUUAAAUGAACGUAAACCGUAAUUUAAAACUAUUUGAGGGUGGAGAUGAACUUGUAUUUCUUAUUACUUUCGGAACCCUAUCUUACCAAUCAUCAUACUGUUGUAAAAUAAUGUUGAUGAUAACAAAAAAAACAACAAAAAAAAAACACUUGUGGCAGGGAAAGCCCAGAAUUCAAAUGGCAAAAAAAAAACAACCUAUAUAUUGUCUGUUACAAGAAAUGUAUUAACUCAGGAAAUAGGCAAAAUUGUGUAAGACUUUGUAUUAUGCGAUGCAAUUAGCACAGUUUUUACAGGUGUACUUGUGACAGGUGAUCGAUCUACAAAGCUUUUUUUUGGGUGGGGAGUGGUGCGUUUUAUUUUGAAAUUUUACUACUCAUGGUCAUGUUUGUGCUCUCCUGUGUGUUUUAGUCCAAAUGACGGUACUGUUGCAUGUCAAUGUGAAGCCGGCCUGUAGACUCACCAGCCUAUAGAAAAGAAACUCCAUUGAAACAUGUUGGACUGAGAACACAAUGAACAGCAAGCAAACAGUCGCCUCACUCGGUUUUUUUUUGUUUUUUGUCAAUGGAAUCAAACAAGCACUUUUUUUUUUUCUUUCCCCAAACAUAUCAUCAGAAACAAUAACCCAUUCAAUUUGUAAUUUUUAUGAUAAUAUUGCUUAUUUUAAAAGGAGAAAACUGUGAACAAGGGUUUUGGGAGGGUGGAAUGAUGGUUUUAAUGGGGAUUUCUUUUUUCUUUUGUUUGUUUGGGUUUUUUUCUGCCAGGAGGGGUGGGACAGGGUUGAAUUUGUUGUUUCUUUUCUUGUGGUUUGUCGGGUGAUGUAAAAAGAGGAUUUGCCAUAAUUUUGUGAUACACUAUUUUGAGAGUAGCUCUUGUAUUUAAGUGUUUCUCCAGAGCUCGGAUGACAUGCUGGAACCUUCUCUCUCUCUCUCUCUCUCUCUCUCUCUCUCUCUCUCUCUCCCUCUCUCUAUUUUUACAUUGUAUUUAUUCUCCAUUAGUCGCCACACACCUUUGUAGCACCAGUGCAGCAGAAGAGUUAAUUUAUACAACACGCCUCCUGAAUAUGCAGCAGUCCUGCACUCACAGGAAUGAACAAUGGCCUUCUUUGUCUUCCGUGGUUAAAGCCAUUCUCUCUAUCCCGGCAGCCAGGGUUGAUAUUUAAUUUAGUCGAUUUCCUGUGAACCUCACCAGCCUCUUUUGCCCCCUACUCUCUUCCCUCCCCAACUGGUUUUCUGGGACUCUGAAGCUGCAAAGGGGGAAAAAAAACUUGACCGACCAGCCACUUCCCUCCAAACACACUAUGCUUUUAACGGAAAUGGAGAGAAAAAGACGAUAAGAUUGACUAAAUAUACCUCAUAUCACAAAAAGCGUAUAAAAGCAGGGACACGCGUUUCAUUGUAUGUAGUGGAAAUAUUUGUAGAAUAGUUUCGACUUAUUGUAUCAUCAUUUUUACACUGCCUGUGUUUACAAUGAUAGAGCAAGUGACUUGUCAAAAUGGAAAGUGUAUUUUUUUUUUUUUUUUUUUUUUUUAAAUGUAAAAACAUCCAUGCCAAGCAGUGUUGCAUUCUAGAUGCCUCGUAGGACUUUUUUUUUUUUUUUUUUUUUUUUUCCUUCCUCUCUCAUGGUAUAUCCCUUAUUUUUGUUACUUGCCAUAACGUGUUUUUGAUAUGAACUCUAGAAGGAUAUUGUUUACAAAAAUGUACAAAAACGCUAAAAAUGUUUUUGUUUUUGGGACUUUUUAAGUAUGCAUGAUUUUAAUGGCUUUUUUCUGACUUGUCACCUCAAUACCAAAUGUUGUAGCAGAAGCCUCCCCUUUCCUUUGUCUCAUUAGUACUAGACCCUCGUGACAUGAUUUCCCGGGCUGUACCUGUUAUUGAGAUGAUGAACGGAUUAGAGAAGCCAAUAAAAACCUCUUUGUUACAAAAGAAAA